GGGGGUCCCCGGGUCAGUUAGUGCGAGUCUCUAGCGUGCGGCUCAGCAGGGGCAUUAACAGCUACAGGACCGGUGUUACAAUUAAAAGAAACCGAUUCCAAAAAUUAAGGAGUCACAACCCGUUUAUUAUUUACUGCCGCAAACAGAGCUUUGGAGAAGGGUUUCCGGUCCUUUUUUAUUUUAUUACAGUUUAUAUAAAAAAAAAAUACAUGUCCUUUAAUAACGACUGCUGGAGCAUUAGUCCUAACAACGAGGUGGAAGCGCCGCUUUCCGGUGGUCGUGUAGCUGUGCGUUUCCUUUCAUAAUAAAGCGGCCGGGCGGAGAAGCGUUUUAAGCGGUGGCUACAGCGGCGCCUUCCCCAGCGACACUGGAAGUCCGCAAGCGACCCAACAGCAGCGGCGGCGGGCCGGCUAAGCUGGGGGUGCCCCCCGACACAGACGGAGCCGGGGCGGUCAGGGAACUGCAGAGGAGCAGAGAGGCGGCGAACAUGGACGGACUCACAGUGGAGGUCCGCGGGUCCAACGGGGCCUUUUAUAAGGGAUUUAUUAAAGACAUCAAUGAAGAUUCAGUCACAAUUGUUUUUGAAAACAACUGGCAGCCUGAGAGACAACUUCCCUUCAGUGAUGUGCGACUACCGCCCCCUGCUGACUAUAACAAAGAUAUCAUCGAGGGAGAGGAGGUGGAGGUGUACUCCAGAGCCAAUGAGCACGAGCCCUGUGGCUGGUGGCUGGCCCGGGUUCGAAUGAUGAAGGGAGAGUUUUAUGUAAUCGAAUACGCCGCCUGUGACGCCACCUACAAUGAGAUUGUGACUCUGGAACGAAUCCGACCGCUCAACCCCAACAGCUCUGCGAGCUCCGGCAGCUUCCACAAAGUGACCAUCCCGGUGCCAGAGGACCUGCGGGAGACCUGUGCAAACGACUCCAUACACAAAGACUUCAGGAAAGCUAUUGGAGCAAACUGUAUCUUCUACAGCGCCCCCAGCCAUGAGCUCAUUGUCCUGUCCACGAAUGAGUCUACAGUGAAGCGAGCGUCCCUCCUGAGUGACAUGCAUUUCCGAAGCAUUCGAACCAAACUCAUGCUCAUGUCCCGAAACGAAGAGGCAACCAAACAUUUAGAGACGAGUAAGCAGCUGGCCUCGGCAUUCCAGGAGGAGUUUCAUGUUCGGGAGGACCUGAUGGGCCUGGCGAUCGGCACGCACGGAGCCAACAUCCAGCAGGCCAGGAAAGUGCCAGGGGUGACGGCCAUCGAGCUGGAGGAAGAGAGUUGCACCUUCCGCAUCUACGGAGAGACCCCCGAAGCAGUGAAGCAGGCUCGAGUUUAUCUGGAGUUUGGAGAGGAUUUUGUCCAAGUGCCCCGCACCCUUGUCGGCAAGGUGAUUGGGAAGAACGGGAAAGUGAUCCAGGAGAUCGUGGAUAAGUCUGGGGUGGUGCGCGUCCGAAUUGAAGGAGACAAUGACAAAAAACUCCCCCGUGAGGAGGUAGGCAGGCUUGCAGCAGGCGGCUGCCCUAAAGAAGAGGGUAUGGUACCGUUUAUCUUCGUGGGCACCAAGGAGAACAUCAGCAAUGCCCAGGCUCUACUGGAGUACCACCUUGCCUACCUGCAGGAAGUGGAGCAGCUACGUCUGGAGCGUUUGCAGAUUGAUGAGCAGCUGCGUCAGAUCGGAGUGGGGUUCCGCGCACCCCCGAGCCGGGGGGAGAGAGGGGCAGGAGGGGACAGGGAGAGGGGCUACCUGACUGACGAAAGCAACUCAUCCCUCCACGGGACACGCACCUACGGGGGGCGGGGCAGGGGCCGGCGCACUGCCCCGAACCACAACUCGGGAUACGGUACAAACUCUGAGCUGUCCAAUGCCUCCGAGUCUGAGGAGGUGAGUGAGAGGGAGCAGCGUCCUCGCGGAGCAGGAGAGGAGAGACCCAGACGAGGAGGGAGGGGUCGAGGAGCCACACCCCCAGGGAGGGGUCGGGGAGGACCAGUUAACCGCCCACAUAACAGCACCAUCAGCUCCGUGCUGAGGGACCCGGACAGUAACCCCUACUCCCUGCUGGACAGUGCAGUGGAGACUGACCAGACGGCUGACACAGACGCCAGCGAGAGCCAGGCCAGCGCGGAGAGGCGCCGCAAGUCUCGUCGCCGCCGCACCGACCAGGAGCCAAGUGUGAUGGACGGAGCGGCCGAGUCGGACUGCCUGUCCGUCAGCGAGAACGGCCUGGAAGAGGACAGCAAACCCCAGCGUCGAAACCGCAGCCGCCGCCGUCGUAACCGUGGCAGCCAUGUGGACGGGGGCUCUGCCAGCAGAGACCGCCAAUCCGUGACGGUCGCAGACUACAUCUCUCGUGCAGAGUCUCAGAGCCGACAGACCCUUCCUCAGAAAGGGCCGGUGGAGAGGAGCCUAGGAGAGACCCCGGCCUCGACUGCAGCAGGCAAGCCCCAGGAAAAUGGGGACAGUAGAAGCAGUGACAAGCUAGCGGAGAGCUCUAAGAAAGGCCGCAGCGAUGACGUCCCUAAAACUGAGCAGCCAGCUCUGGUCAACGGGGUCUCCUAAAACAGCACGGGGUCGCGACCCCACAACCCUGUCUCCUUGGCGACCUUACAGUCCUGCUUGCAUUAGGGUUAAUGGAAUAAAACAAUUAAACAUGAAACGAUACGAAACACAACUACUUACACGUACACAACCAUGUUCCACUAUAUCUAAAUAUCUAUCUAUAAGAAACAAACCUUUAGCGAUCUCUAUCUUAUCUAUCAGUACUAGUGCUUAUUUAACUAGCUUGCCAAAAGAGCUGAUGGAUAUGUUUUGGUGUUUAAAAUACUUAAACAUAAUGUGACGUUUUUUACCGGACCGGACUUUUUAGCCACGCUCCCUUAGGAGGUGAGUGUGGAGGGAAUGGGGGCUAACCGCUUGACAGCGCUAAAUCAAGGGAAGCGGAGGCUAUAGAAAAUAAAAAAUACAACUGAUGUCCGAACCUCCUUUUGGUUUUGACGCAAAAAAGAAAAAAUAAUUCCGAAAUUAAAAUAAAAAAUUUGAAAAAAAUAUAUCUUGAAAUGAGACAUUGUGCCUUGAAUUUGCAAAUUACUUUUUCUUUUUUUUGGGGGGGGGGUGGGGGGGUGGGCAGGGGUUCUGGCAAGAGAUUGCACAGGCCAAAAAGAAAGACAGAAAGACAGACGGAUGGAGUAGGAUUGGGGGUUUGUAAAGUGUGUUGCGCGUGGCAGUUUGUUUAAAAAGCUCGUGCCAAAAAAAAGAACAGGAUUAUUCGAAGCAUUACUCCUAACACAAUUUUUGAAGUGUCCGACAGAAUUUAAAAUUGUUUGAGAGAAAUCCUUUUUCCAUUAAACUCCCAGUACAGACCAGUUUGCAGUAGGGUGACUGGUUUCCUAACAAUAACCAGUUACAUUAAAAAAUGUUUAAGCAGUUUACCUGCUACAGAAAGUCUCUUAAAUUGCCUGUUACUACAUUAUACAACACUACACUCCCUAUUAAAGGCACUGAAAUAAUGUCUUUGAUAUGAUCCACUACACUGGUCUCUCCUAAAAACCACUAAUGUAUAGAAAUCUACAUACAAAUCUUGCAUAUGAUAUUGAAAGGCUUCCUGAAAUCAUUGAUCUAGCUUUAGACACAUUUCUUUGCCACUUUUAGAAUUUUUUUAACCCCUUCUGCUGCAGAUUGAAUAAAUGUGUGAUGACAUGUAAUAGUCACACUUCACUCAUGAAAAUGUAUUGCAUAGAUGACUACAUUUUGAAUUGCGUCAUUAGUUAUUCCAAUGCAAUCUUAUCAUAUCAGUUUUAGUUGAUACGUUUCUGCCAGUUUACUGCCUAAAACCGAAAGAAUAUUAUUGUUCUUAUUCUUUUUAGUACGGUGGUUUUUGUCUGCAAGGAAGGUAAAAAUUGCAAACCGAAUCCAUGAAAGCAAGAGAUUUCAGCUAUCAAAAUACAUUGGAAAUAAAUAGCAGCCUGUCCAGGAAAGUUACAUUUUCAGUCACUUUUGUUUUCCCCUCAAUACAAGGGUACCUCCGAUGUUUCAUGAGGAAGCAAUACAAAGUUUAUACUACUUGAUUAAUUUAUUUUCUUUGGGAUGGGGGACAAUAACUUGUAAAAUAAGGUUCACGAAAGCUCAGAAAAAAACCGGGAGUCAUUUCUUAUGUCUAGUAUUUGCAACUAAAUCCCUUUACUAGAUAUAUAUGCAUUACUUUUUUUUUUUCAUUUUUGAAGAUUGUGAGUAAACACUGAAAAUGCAUUUGAUCAGAUUUGAUUUAAACAGUAUUCCUCCAAAGAUUUCUCUUCUAAACAGCUCUGAUCAGGUAUUGAUUAUUUGGUUCUGUCUAGAGACAUUUGAAACUCGCAAUUCUGACAUCUUCCCAUUUCAUGCCGUUACGCCAAAGAUAUUGCAUCGCCACUAAUUCUGAAGAUGUGACAGUAAAAUAUUUAUAGGUUAAAGAUUAUUUCUCUCUAUUUUUGCACAGGGUCUUCCUAGAUGAAACUGUAAACUCCCUUAGGAAACCAAAAUUAAAAUGCUUUCUUUUAUAUUCCUGUUUAAAUUACGCCUAGCUUCCAGUUUAAAAUGUUCACAUGAAAAAUAAAAUCCGAUGCUAACGUUUUCUCUCUUGUAAAUGCUGCACUUAGCUGAUGGAUUUCUCUUAUUUUUCACAAAGCAGGUUUAAACACAAUGAUUGGCAACGGACAGGAAUAAAGAAAGAUUUGUAUUUUAAUUAGUCCUUUUAUUAGUUCAUCAGAGGUCGCACAGUUCUGAGAGUCGCUAGUUUGGCCAGAGAGAAUGCAUAAAUGUAUCCAUGGUUACAUAUUGCUACAAUGCCAAGACCGAGGCAGGCAGUAAUCAAGACUAUACUAAAUCAAUCAGGGAAAUAAUUCGGACUAUCUUCACUGUUACCACAGAUGUGGAUGGUGAGAGACAAAGUCCUGCAUACUGGAAGCAUUCUGCUGCACUGAAGAGCUUUUUUGGUUCUUUUUUUUUAUUAUUAUAUAUUUUUUUUUAGAAACAAGAUUAUUUUUGAAGCACAGUGACUGAUUGCUGGUACCUAGCACCUCCUGUGCUGUAGGUCUGAUUUGCUGAUUUGGAGUGAGUCUGACCUACAGCAUAGGAAGUGAGGAGGUAAAUCAAUCUAUUGUGAUGUGUGUGUUUUUUUUGUUUUUUUUUGUUAAGGAGAGAAAGGAACAAGAAAAUAAUAUACAGAGUUUUAAUAGAGGUAAGAAAGUGGUUUGAAGACUGCUUGUAUUUGAGAAGCGUGUUACAGAUCAUGUGUCCAGUAGCAGAUUGCUGUAAAUGGUGCCUGGAAUCGUAUGGAUUAAAAAAUGUAAGAGGCGAUGCAUUAUCUUUUGUCUGAGCCAUGAAGGGGUUAGUAAUGUGCUGUUAACUGGUUACCAGUUCAAACCAGGCCCUACUGGUUUACUGGGAGUUGUUUGGGAGGAAGCAAAGGAAAAGGAUGGUGUUUACGAGGGGCAGAGAGAAAUCGGGGUUCCUUCUUUUUGUCUAUUUAUUCACUGUACAGUAUUUAAAAAUAAAAAAAAAAAAAAAAAAAAUGGUUCCAAAUAAUCAUGAGCCUUGCUGCUUACUGCACUCAUUAACAGUGAAGGGAGAAUGGAGUGUUGACUGGAAGCUACAAUUCGCAAGAGACACCCAGGCUGUGGAGCAUUAUGGGAUACCUCCAUUUGUGUUACCCCACAUUAGGAAUAGUAAAUGUUUAUGAUAUGAUAAGGGUCCCCUUUAACAACUGCAUUGCAUUACAAUAUCCUGCCCCCUUUAAGAGUGCUGACUGAGGCUUAAACAUUUUCAUACCUCUUAUUAACACACACUGAGAAGAAAAAUGAUCUUCAGCAUUGUUUUGCCAGUGUUAAUAAGACCUAGGAAAUUAAUUAAAACCGUUCUUUCCUUUUUGUAGGGGGACCAGUGAUGUAUGUUUAUCAUACUAAUAACUGAUAAGACAAUGGAUUUUGAUUCCCACUCUUUCAAGGGGAACAGUGAAAAUGUUGCCAGCGUUAGUAAGAGAAAAGAAAAAAGGAUUUUAACGCCUUGGGUAGCAUGCUUUGAAAGGGGAGCUGCGGUAUUGCCAAUGCUAAUUGCAGGGAAUGAAUGUGAUUGCAAAGCCUUGGUUAGCACUCCUUUGAAGAGGGGACCAGUGAUUAUGUUUGGGUUUUAAGAGGGAAGAAACUGAUUUUAAAGUUUUGGGAGAGUGAUAAUGUUGCUAGUGUUAAUUCAAGGGAAUGUGUUUGAUGUUAAAGCCUUGUUUGGCACUCUUCUAAAGGGAGCCAGUGUGGAGGUGGACUGGGCAGGGCGAAGGAGCCCAUGGCCUGAGUGUGGCGUUCUCAGUUUGGCUGCAGUGCUGCCUGUGUGUUGUACAAGCUGUAAUGCUAGGGAGUGGGGAGAAUUGUUGUACAGAGUUGUCCCACUGUUAUUGGCAAUAAGACUCUGAUCUCAAUGGAAAUUCAAUAAAAUGAAAAAGGCUGUUUCUCAA